UUGUUUUCUUCCUCUUACAUCCUCCGGACUUGGAGCUCGAUUUUUCGUUACACAACACCGGAAAUGAGCGUUUGGUGUCACAUUGAACUGUGCCCCCCUGUGUGCGAGACAGAGCAGGUUGAUUCCGCCAACAUGUCCUCCGCUGUGCUGUGCAGCAGAGUCCUCCAGAGAGCGGGACACGGGUUUGUCUUCUCCUCCAGGGCUGUGCCCGCCUCCUCCAGCCCAUUUCUGUCUCGUGCUCAUAGACUGGGGCCCAGUGAUGAUGAGAUGUACCAACGUACCUCGGUGUCCGUCAUGCAGAAGGAGCCGGGCAGUGGGGUAAUGAUCCACAGCUACAGUUCCGGAGGGUUCAACAUCGAUGGUAAUCGAGUGUUUGGACCCUGUGCUGUGCUGCCUCCUGCAAUCCUGCAGUGGAACGUUGGCACUUAUAAAGACAUUACUGAGGAAAGUGUCUCACUCUUCCACAUGCUUGAACCAAGAAUAGAGAUUCUUGUGCUGGGAACAGGCGCACGGCUUGAACGAAUCAACCCCUCAGUCCUCGCUCUACUCAAGAGUAAAGGCAUCGCUGUGGAAGUGCAAGACACGCCGAACGCAUGUGCAACCUUCAACUUCCUGACCAGUGAGCGGAGAGUAGCAGCUGCUGGACUGAUCCCUCCACCUGUCAGCACUGCCCUGGAAGUAACACAGGAGUAAGUCCCGGGAUAUACGACAGCAGUAGAUACUGCAGCCUGUGAGACGGUUGUUCUUCUGGGGAAAAAAUCGGCGAUCUCCACCUCUGAUGUUUGGUUACAACAGUUAUUGUACAGAUUCAUAUGUUAAGAGCCCCCCCUCAUCUGUUGAUAUGAGGUUUCACUGACUGCCUCGAGAACUAAGUGUGUAUACAUGUGUAUAUAAUUGAGGACACAAAUGAUGCAGAAUUAGACCUGAAUACCGUUGCAGCUGCAUUCCUAUGUAUAAAUUAUAUAUUUGAAGCACCACAUUUAGCAAUAACUCAAAUAUCAUGUAUUUAAUGUAUUUUCAUGCAUAAAUGUAUAAGGCAAUA